AUGCUGGCUCUUAAGCCAACACAGUGGGCCAAUGUAUUGGCUGUUAUUCGCAAAGCAACCAGAACGUGGCUGGAUGCGCCGGUACCUUCCAAUGACUACAAACUGUAUAUUCCUCUGACUUGCAUGAUUCAGUCCCUUACACUGAGAUUAGUCCUGGCAACUCUCUUCGACAUGGAAGAACACGCAUUAGGCAUCCACGACUUCCCACUUAUGCAGUUGGCAGAUGCUAUUAACGAGACCUGGGUGUCUUCCAAGAAACCGGGUAAAGUACUGCCGUUCGAAGAAAACCAAUGCCUUCAGGAUAGUCUUCAUGAAAUCUUCCCAGAUAUUGACUUGAUGAACCCAAAAAUGAAUCCAUUGAACAUGAUCUUGCCUGGUUUUGAAACCAUGUGGAGGGUUGUGUUUAGAAUGUUCAUCGAAAUUGGUUUUACCAGCGGCCAACGUAACCCACAAUGGAAAGACAUAUUGACUGCCUUUGCUCGGAAACCAACCAGAGCACAAUUUAUUGCAAAAGAGAAUGAUUUCCAGAUCUCGGCAGAAUAUCUGGUCAAGGAGGCACUGCGUCUGUACCCUCCCACGCGUCGAAUCCAUCGAGCCUUUCAGACGGACAAUUCAAUCCGGAGACGUUAUUUUGCGGCUGACAUUGAAGGCUGCCACUUGGACAAAGUUAUCUGGGGGUCGGAUGCUUUGCGGUUCAACCCGGCAAGAUGGGCCAAACUUACUAUUUUUCAGGAAAUGGCCUACAUGCCCUUUGGGGGGAAACCUUUUGAGUGUCCAGCGAAGCAAUUCUUUGGACCUAUGGCUAUUGGAUUGCUUGUUGGAUCGGUCCUGAGCGAGCUUGGGGGAAGUUGGACGUUGAAGAUUGGAGGUGAAGAGGUGAAGAGGUGA